AGGAUCGUCUGCACAUCGCUGUAUAUGUUUAAGACGAAAGAGGACCUACUGCAUCAUGUUGAGAAAGAAGAAUGGAGCCGGGACGUCCCAAUUUAAACCAGACGAUCCCCUGAUAAAAAUGGGGGUCCAGGAUGAUGAUGAUGUGGAAACGAUGCUGCAGGGGUCCUCUAUGACGAAGGUACGUUCUCCACGCUGGAAGAGGAAGCGCAUGCUAAAGCUGAUGAAUGACGGAGUCACUGUCUGGUGUGAAUCCAACAAGGCCACCAACAAAGCCAAAAGUCAGCAGUCCUUCUCUGUGAUGGAAGUGGAGUGUGUGCAGGAGGGUUGUAAGUCUGAGACGUUGAGAAACCUGGCCACCUCACUUCCAGAAGAGCAGUGUCUUACCAUUGUGUUCAAGGGAGGACGGAAGAGCUUGGAUCUCCAGUGUGACACAAAAGAGGAAGCCAAGCACUGGGUCCGUGGCAUUCAAACCCUGCAAGGCAGAGUCAAUAACAUGACCCAGAAAGAGAAACUUGACAAUUGGAUCUAUGGCUACCUGAAACAAGCUGACAUGAACCAUGAUGGCAAGAUGUCAUAUGAGGAGGUCCAGACCCUUUUCAAGAUGAUCAACAUAGACCUGAGUGAAGAAAAUGCUGUCAGCCUCUUCAAGAAGUGUGAUAAAUCAGCAGACGGACGACUUGAACAUGAGGAGAUUGAGCUUUUUUGUCGUGAGCUACUACGUCGGCCUGAGCUAGAUGCAGUGUUUCAGCAGUACUCUGCUAAUGGUUACGUCCUGUCCACUGUGGAUUUGCGUGAAUUCCUGAAAGACCAGGGCGAAGACCACACGCUUGUACAUGCUGAGAGCCUCGUCCUUACCUAUGAGCUCAAUGAAUGGGCCCAGAAGAACCAGUUUAUGACGCCCAAUGGUUUCACUAUGUACAUGCUGUCUAAGGAGAAUGAUGUGUAUAACCCAGAGCAUGGCAGAGUCUACCAGGACAUGAGCCGCCCACUCAGUCACUACUUUAUCUCCUCCUCACACAACACCUACCUCACUAAAGACCAGCUCAUUGGCGAGAGCAGCAUUGACGCUUAUAUCAGAGCUCUGAGUCAAGGCUGUCGCUGUGUGGAACUGGACUGCUGGGAUGGGGAAAAGAAGCCAGUUAUUUACCAUGGACACACCCUCACAUCCAAAGUGCCAUUUAGCGAGGUUUUGAAGGUCAUCGCUGAAUAUGCAUUCAGGACUUCUCCAUAUCCUCUUAUUCUGUCUCUGGAGAACCACUGCUGUGUGGAGCAGCAGACUAUCAUGGCCCAGCAGCUGCAUUCAAUUCUGGGGGAGAAACUGCUCAACAAACCUCUCAAUGACAAGGCGCUUCAGUGCCUACCAUCACCAGAGGACCUAAAAGGGAAGAUCUUGAUAAAAGCAAAGACGAUCAAAAUGGAGCAGGACAGCUCCAGCUCUGACUCAAGCUCCUCAGAUGAUGAAUCUAAAACUGAAAGCAAACCUAAAGCAUGGAAGAGGGACUGCAAAUUGAGUCCAGAGCUGUCUGAUCUGGUGGUGUAUACCCACAGUGUUGCUUUCAAACAGUUUGAUCCAUGUGCCAAGAAACCUCCCAAUGAAAUAUCCUCGUUCUCUGAGAGUGAUGCGUUGAAACUAAUCAAAGAAUCAGGGAAGUUGUUUGUACGUCACAACAGCAUGCAACUGAGCAGGAUCUACCCAUCUGGUCAGCGUGUGCAAUCCUCCAACUACAACCCUCAAGACAUGUGGAAUGCUGGUUGUCAGAUGGUGGCAUUGAACUUCCAAACCCAAUGUGAAGAGAUGGACCUAAACAGAGGCCGUUUUUUACCAAACGGCCGCUGUGGCUACUUGCUAAAACCAAGCUUUAUGUGCCAGCCUGAUUCAGAGUUUAACCCAGAAAACACUGGGGGAGGCCCUGGCCACAAUCCAACACUGCUUACUAUCAAGGUGAUUUCAGCCCAGCAGCUGCCUAAACCUGACAAAGAGAAGCUCAGCUCAAUUGUAGACCCUCUUGUAUGGGUGCAGACUUAUGGGGCUCCCAUAGAUAACAACACAAAGAAGACGCAACGCAUCGGCAAUAAUGGCUUCAACCCCAGAUGGGACUGCACCUUUAAGUUCCAGCUUCAUGUGCCAGAGCUGGUAUUAGUACGCUUUAAGGUUGAAGACCAUGACUAUGCCACCAAGAAUGAUUUUCUGGGUCAGUUUACACUUCCUUUCACAAGCAUGCGGACAGGUUACAGACAUGUUCAUCUGCUGCAGGCAGACGGCUCUAGCAUGUCUCCCUCCAGUCUCUUCAUCCACGUUAAAAUCACACCAUGCUACAGCAGCCCUGCUGGACAAGUGGGCACUCAUAGUGACAGAGAAUGAAGCAAUGAGUUGAAGCACCUGAAUUGCCCCUUAUUUGGAAAAUUACAUAUUUUAUAUCAAAUCUGAGAGCCAAAACUGCCACCACCGAGUGUGAGACAAGUUAUAAUUUAUUUUAAAAUGGUGCAGAAGCCAUUUCAC